AUGCAGCUUGGGAACCAGGGUGAGUACUCUACCGAGGAGGCGCAGGACCCUUUCCUGGUCAGCAUCCACAUCAUCGCGGACCCAGGGGAAUCCCGCCCCCUGCAGGAGGCCAUCGACAAGGUCUUGGCGUGGAUCCACCCAGACCUCCCGCUGUUCAGGGUCUCGGAAAGGCGGGCGUGCCGCCGGCGGAAGAGGGUCCCCAAGGCAGCACAGCCGGCGCUGGCCGUGGUGCUCUUCCUGCAGGAGGAAUACGGCGAGGAGCCGAUUCUGCAGCUGCACCGCACGCUGCAGCGGCCGCCCUGGCGCCACCACCACACGGAACGCGUGCCCGGCAAGUUCCUGCCCUACCUGCCCUGCAGCCAGGACUUCUUCACACUGGCCCCGGGGACGCCGCUCUGGGCCAUCCGGCCGGUGCACUACGGCAAGGAGAUAGUGCGUUUCACCAUCUACUGUCGCCAUGACAACUACGCCGACAUCCUCAAGUUCUACGAGCUGAUCCUCAAGCGGAGCCCCAGCCAGAAGAAAGCGGACUUCUGCAUCUUCCCCAUUUUCUCCAAUCUGGACAUGGACAUCCAGUUUUCCCUCAAGAGACUGCCCUGUGACCAGACCCCAGUCCCCACCGACUCCUCCGUGCUGGAGUUCCGGGUCAGGGACAUCGGCGAGCUGGUGCCGCUCUUGCCCAACCCUUGCAGCCCCAUCAGUGAGGGGCGCUGGCAGACAGAGGACCAUGACGGCAACAAGAUCCUUCUGCAGGCACAGAAGGGGCACAGGAAGCGCCCUAAACCCGGCAGGGCUCACCAGGCCUCUGAGCAGAAACCGUGCUCCACGUCUUCCCCGCGCGCCACUGCGCAGAGCCAGACCUCAGGCCGCCACCCGCAGCCGCCACUGGACGCGUCACACCCAGGCCUCGGCCAGGCAGGUCCGUCUACCAGGCACCCGCAGGAAUUUGCCAGACGAGCCACCAGCCCUCCCAGCCUCCCCUGGUCUUUCCAGCGAAGCAAGUCCUUGUUUUGUCUGCCCACCGGAGACCCCUUCCCGGCCUCCGCGGCGGAAGCGCAGCUGUCUGUAAGCAUAGGCGGCAGGGGGCAGAGGGCGCCGGAGCGGGGGCGCGGCCACCUCCUCUCCAUCGAUGACCUGGAGGGGGCCCAGGAGACGGACGUGGACACCGGGCUGCGGCUCUCCUCCUCCGAUCUGUCUGUGGUCUCUGCCUACUCGGCACCCAGCAGGUUCUGCAGCCCCGAGGAAGCGCCGCACCCCCCAGAACGAGGCAGCGGCCUCUGGUCAGAGCGCAGGGGCUUCAGAGAAGGACCCCUGCCCACUGCGGGCGGCGAGACUGCGGGGGCCUCCUGGGCCACCCUGCCUCUCUUCAAAGGGCCCACAGCUGUCACCGCUCCCCCAGCUUCGGACACUUCCUCGCUCACAGAGUCACCCCCGGAACUCCCUUCCGAUGCCCCCCAGGCCCGGCAGACUGGCAGAGACGUCCUGGCACCCUCAGUGCCGGCCGGAUGCGGAGACAAUGACACGGAGGAAUUCUACAUCUGAGCACCCUCCGCUCGUGUCUUUCAGAGCCACAGGCUCAGGUCCCACCUUGCCCUUCUGGGGUCUGCGUGCCAUCCGUGUUCUCAGCCCCGCUUCCCCAGGUCCGUCCAGAGUCUGAUGAUCUGUCUCAUGGGUCCUUAACACCCUUGCCCGGCACCCUUUCUCACCCAUGAGGUGGUGUAUUUCUAGGGGCUCAAUGGCAUUUUAAAAGUCGAUAAAGAUACUGGGAUUUUUAUGCAAAUAAAUUCUCAACGAAUUUUUAGGUCAUAAAAUAUAUUUUUUAAAUACUCAAUUCCAUUUGGGAAACGGUUUAAUGCACUUACAUAAUUUAAAUGCUUCCUAUAAUUAUUUGAAAAGAAAACCUAGUCAGCUGGAGCUGAUGGCAUAAUUUUUCAUGACGUGAAGGAAAAACGACUAAAGCCAAAAUGCUGAAUGUGAGCAAGAUAGCAAGCGACUUGGAGGAGAGGUCAGUGCUCGUGAUGUUCACCUCAGUGGAUUCUCCGUUUCUGUUUACCCUACCAGGGAGCAGUGGCCCUGAGGAUUGCCAGGAAGUGUUACAGUGAAAAGAGUCACCUUAGUAAAACAGUGGAUACAUAUCCGACCACAGUAAUACCUCGCUUCAGCACUGUCACUCCAGUGAUGCCACGCACCAUCCAAAAAUCAGCAUGUACGCAAAAGUGGCUAAUAAGCUUUAUACAGAUUGAGCCCCAACAACAGACUCUUGGUGCAUUUAAAAUAUGCUGUGUGCUCCAAGAACUAGAUUUGAAUGCGCUUUUCAAACACAUUCACUGUAACAAGUCGGAGUCUACAGAAGACCACCACCUGGAUUUAUUUGGACCACUGAGGAAAAAUCGUUCUUUGGGGUUACAGGAUAGCAGGAUAUUAGACUUAGUGGGUAGGUAUUCGUAAGAUGCUUCCAUUUUUAAAUCUACAAUCUAAGGGCUAUCUAGACAUAUAUGUAAAUGGGGCCACUUUUUAUACUGCUUUCUCCAGUAAACAUGCAUUGUCAUUUUUUCCUUUUUAAACAAUUUGUAACUAUUUUAACUGGCAUUUUCAUUGCACUGAGUAGUAAAUGCCCUCCCCUGUUCUGCAAGCGGGAAGCUUUACACAAGAUGCUGUCCUGAACCAACACUGCUGCAUGAGUGCAGAGGAGCCUUAGUUAAAGCUGGAGCUCUGACCUGACCUUGGUCUUGCCUGUGGUUGCCUGCUUCUGUCGCAGCGUGAAAGAAAGAAAAGAAAGUGAAAUCACUCAGUUGUGUCCGACUCUUUGCGACCCCAUAGACUGUAGCCUAGCAGGCUCCUCUGUCCAUGGGAUUUUCCAGGCAACAGUACUGGAGUGGAUUGCCAUUUCCUUCUCCAGGGAAUCUUCCCAACCCAGGGCUCGAACCCUCAUCUCCCACAUUGUAGACAGAUGCUUUACCGUCUGAGCCACCAGGGAAGUCGCAGCGUGAAUGGUAUUCAGAUCUCACGUCUCUCCCACUCCAGCAAGGGAAUGUUUACAGUCCCCACCUUAGGGACUCGGCAGUGCCAAGUGCUGGCAUUGGAGCCACACCACGCUGUCCCUGGUUGCCGUGCACCUUUGGAGAAGAGUGUGGACUUGCCGUGCUCCCGUCCCACCCUGGUGCUCUGCGCCUGGAUGGCUCAUGGCCAGCUUACACCUCCCUGGAAGUGCCCACGCCAGCCCAGACGGGGCUUCAGAAUCCUCCUCGACACAAUCCUCCCCAACACAAUCCUCCCAGCAGCCCUCACUAGGCAUCACACUUGAGCCAAAGUCUUUGCCGUCCCUGUAGUGAGAACCUUCUCUCCUACCCCAAACAGCCCGGAUACUCCAGGACUGCUGUUGUUUAGUCACUUAGUUGUGUCCGACUCUUUGUGACCCUAUGGACUGUAGACUGCCAGGCUCCUCUGCCCAUGGGAUUCUCCAGGCAAGGAUACUGGAGUGGGUUGCCAUGCCCUCUCCAGGGGAUCUUCCCAACCCAGGGAUCAAACCUGUGUCUUCUCUGUCUCCUGCAUUGGCAGGUGGAUUCUUUACCACUGAGCCACCAGGGAAGCCCUUCCAGGACUACAGAUUACAAUACUGUACUCUGAUUUAAGUACAUAAAAUUAUUUUCUAAUUCUAUACCAGGAGUGAGCAAACUUUUUAUAAAGGGCUAAAUAAUAAAUAUUUUAGUCUUUGCCAGUCAUACGGUCUCUGUCGAAACUACUGAACUCUGUCAUGAUAGUGUGAAAGCCAAGGAUAUGUAAAUGAAGGGAAGUGACUGAGUUCCAAGAAAAUUUACUUCACAAGAACAGGUGGAGGGUCAGACUUGGCCCAAGAGCCAUAGUUGGCCAGCCCUUGUGUUCCACUGAGGUUGACUUGAGACUUGAGAUCUCAGCCACAGUCAACGAUGAAGAAUGGAGGUCUGCAUCCCUCUGCAGCUGUGAUGCCCAAGACCAAGAAAACACGCUCCUGGGACCACGCUGAUGACUACAGAACCACAGAGCUCAGAGCAGUGCGGGGCUUCUUGCCGCAGAGAUGAUGCCUAGAAAGCCACUGGCAGUCUACCUGCUGCUCGGAAACGGGACUCACAGCCUGCAGCUGAGGAUGCAAAGCAACAUGCUAACCAUUCAGGUGUUGACGUAGCCUCCAAGGACCAGGAGGCAAGCUCAGGACAGCAAAGUCACUGGGGUAUCAUGAGUGGACUGUCAGCCAGGCAAUGGCUCUUCCAGUCUUCACCCUUCAGCAGCACCCUUAGCUCCGAAUACUCACACACGCCCGCUACGGAUGCUUCAGAGCCAACUCGGGUGCAGUCUGCCUUCACCCUUUUUCUCACUGAGCCCUCACCCCAGCACAGUGCAGUCUACCAAACUGAGUGACAGCAAAGGAUGUCAGCAAACCUUUUCCAUAACAGGAAAUGCAAGACAUCCCCAUAACAUGAGAAGGGGAGAGAAGCCCAGCGCAGACCACACUCAGACACUCCCCUCCCUGCAGACAGCAGUCUCUCUGGGGAGGAGGAGCCCCAGAGGGAGCUGGGGCUCAGCUCCCUUUGCUGACCCGCCUCGAGCGCUAUCCUCAUCCAGGAGGGCUCCUGAUACUCCCUGGUGGAUCCUGACCCUUUCAGAUUAUUAUUGUGAUAGAUGCUGGCUGUCAUACAGUAGGUGCUCAAUAAAUUUUGUCAAUUUU